UUUCAGGGUCAUCCAGCAAGCCUAUCGAUAUACAACAUGUAUGAGAGCGAUUAAAAAAAUGGGAUAUCGUAUACCACCCAGUAUCGUGGCUAUUACAUUGUUACUUAUUGUAUGGCAGUGGGAGAGUAUCCUUGCUAUUGAAACGAGCAAUUGCUYCUGCUAUUCAUUCCACAAUACUACAAAGAAUUGGAAAGAUAGCAACGAGAUUUGUCAAGAGAAUGGCGGUACCUUGUUAUCCAUGGAAACAGAAGAGGAGUAUCAGUUUAUCAACAAGACGAUACAAAGUCUAGAUGUAGGAAAUAACGAGUGGUUUAUUGGUUUGAGGAAAACAUCAGGAACUGACUACUGGCAGUGGAUUAGUGGACAUGACAUGACCAUUGAUAAAUGGGUGCGAGGCGAACCAAGUAGAUCAGAAG